AGAUUAUUAAAAACAAAUGUAUGUAACUCAUGAAAGAGAAAAUAAACAGAAAUAUAUAGUUUUUAAAGCUUAUCUUGUUUUUGUUUUUAAACACAAUACUAGGCUACAGUACCUGACAGACGGACGUGCAAUACCAUUCGUAACGACAAGGUGGCGGAAUGUCCCUCGAUAUCCCUGGACCUGGUUGGUUAAAACAGGUCAAGAACAGAGCAUUAACUGCAUUUCAGUACAGAUGUUGAAUAUCUCAUUAUUGCGCCACGGACCUUGUACAAGCUUUAUGUUGAAUCUGAUGCUGAUUCAAAUGUCUACGAUUAAUCAGAUUUACUGUCAAACACUUACGUAGAUUAUGAAUUGUCUACAUGGUUUUUCUGUGAAUGACAAUCAAAAUCCGGCACUUCUUUAUUGGAUUAAAUGGGACUCGUAGGCUACCUUGUUUUCUAUGGCAAAAAAAAAUGUGGCUGGUGGUUUCAAUGUGAUUGGAUUAUUACAGUUCUUGUCCCCAGUCAUCAAACCACCGUUAUUAAAGUAGCCAACAUACACAAUUACGCUAUCCAGUCUGAAAAUGUCGUUUAGGUUCGUGUUGUCUCCAUUGCGUUUGCAGGGUUUCAUACUUAAAUUGAAUCUAUCACACAAUUGACUUCAAUUUCUGGAGUUAUGCUAUUUAGAUAUUGUUUUCCUGUCAUGGCAUUUUCUUGUAUUUGGUGGCAAGGUACAUAGUCCUGUUUCGCUGUGGCAAGCGCCAAAGCGUGGCGCCAUGAAUUUCAUUUCAACGGAAAGCUGUUCUGUCCGUGCGCGGUGGGCGGGGGUAUUCAGCGAAUGGGAGAGGCGACUGAAUCCCUGUCAUCUUCUAAACUCGAAAGCGAUUGCGGGAGAACCACUUCACAUUUUCCAACAACUACAUUGAGCCAUCAUCAAAGUGGCUUUUGAAGAGAGCAGAAACCACCUGUCAGCCAAAGAUGUUCAAACCUAAACUCACCGCUGUUGCAGCCCUGCCGUUGCAUCCGAUGAUUGGCAAUGUGAAUUGUCUAGUUAGUUCUUCACUGGAAUGUGUACAAGGACAUUUUUGGUAAUACGACAAGAGCGCAGAUAUGUCGGUGCCUUUACUGAAGAUUGGAGUGGUGUUGAGCACGAUGGCUAUGAUUACUAACUGGAUGUCGCAGACGUUACCGUCCUUGGUGGGACUUAACACCAACAAGCUCUCGGUAUUAUCCGGAGGGACAGCGGACCGGAGCACCGGCGUGCUCCCAGCCAACCCUGAGGAGUCAUGGCAGGUUUACAGCUCAGCCCAGGACACGGAGGGCCGCUGUGUCUGCACUGUGGUGGCGCCUCAACAGUCCAUGUGCUCGCGGGACGCCAGGACCAAACAGCUCCGACAGCUGCUAGAAAAAGUCCAGAACAUGACCCAGUCUAUCCAGGUGCUAGACCAGCGGACCCAGAGAGACCUGCAGUACGUGGAGAGGAUGGAGGUCCAGCUGAAAGGUCUGGAGACCAAGUUUAAACAGGUGGAGGAGAACCACAAGCAGAACAUUGCCAGGCAAUACAAGGCAAUAAAAGCGAAAAUGGAGGAACUUAGGCCAUUGAUACCAGUGUUGGAGGAGUACAAAGCCGAUGCAAAAUUGGUAUUGCGGUUUAAAGAGGAGCUCCAGAAUCUGACGUCUGUGCUAAACGAACUCCAGGAGGAGAUCGGCGCCUAUGACUACGAGGAGCUACAAAACAGAGUGUCAAAUCUUGAAGAGAGGCUUCGUGCAUGCAUGCAAAAAUUAGCAUGUGGGAAGCUGACAGGGAUCAGUGAUCCAAUUACCAUUAAGACGUCUGGAUCAAGGUUUGGAUCCUGGAUGACUGACCCCCUGGCUCCUGAAGAUGACACUAGGGUGUGGUACAUGGAUGGCUACCACAACAACCGAUUUGUGCGGGAGUACAAGUCCAUCUACGACUUCAUGAAUUCCGACAACUUUACAUCUCACCGCCUCCCCCACCCGUGGUCAGGCACUGGCCAGGUGGUCUACAACGGCUCCAUUUACUUCAACAAGUUCCAGAGCCACACCAUCAUCAAGUUUGACUUCAAGACCUCCGUCAUCAGCAAGUCACGCCAGCUGGACUACGCUGGCUACAACAACAUGUACCACUACUCCUGGGGCGGCCACUCAGACAUUGACCUCAUGGUGGACGAGGGCGGACUCUGGGCCGUUUACGCCACCAAUCAGAACGCAGGGAACAUUGUCAUCAGUAAACUGAACCCCAACACCCUGCAGAUCAUCAAGAGCUGGACUACCAACCACCCCAAGAGGAGCGCAGGAGAGGCCUUCAUGAUAUGUGGCACGCUGUAUGUCACCAAUGGCUACUCCGGUGGGACCAAGGUCUAUUAUGCCUUCAGCACCAACUCGUCCACCUACGAGUACAUUGACAUACCGUUCCAGAAUAAGUACUCUCAUAUCUCCAUGCUGGACUAUAACCCUAAAGACAGAGCACUGUACGCAUGGAAUAACGGUCACCAGGUGCUUUACAAUGUCACCUUGUUCCACGUCAUUCGGUCAGAGCAGGAGCAGUAGAUAGCUAGCCAUGCUGUUACCUUCUCAGUCACCGAUAGACCUGGGUUCAAAUACUAUUGGAUAACUUUCAAAUACUUUUAACAUUUGCAGCAGCCUGCCUGGAGUGCCAGAUGGGCAGGGUUUGCAGUUUUGCAACAAUUGUAUUAAUUCCAUUAUACCAGGCAAACCUAAUCAAGCCAGGCUAAAUCAAGCAAAUUUGAACCCAGGUCUGGUCCACGGAUGCUUCAAAGUAAAGGAGAUACUAUAUGUACAGUGCCUUGCGAAAGUAUUAGGCCCCCUUGAACUCUGCGACCUUUUGCCACAUUUCAGGCUUCAAACAUAAAGAUAUAAAACUGUAUUUUUUUGUGAAGAAUCAACAACAAGUGGGACACAAUCAUGAAGUGGAAUGACAUUUAU